ACCUCUAGUCAUGUAGCAACAUAUCAGAGCCUCAAACUUAUCAGGGUAGAGCUAGUAAUGGCAGAAAAUAACCAUAAUGUCUGUAGAGAAUGCAUGCUCAAAAUGGGAAAGAAAUUCUUUUGGACCAAAUGCCUCUUUAUCUGAUUAAUUGUGGCGUUUAUUUCUUGUUUGGGUUAAUGUAGCAACAUUUGAUAUUGUUGAUAAGCUCGUUUUUUUCUUCAGGUAAUAGGUCGCACUUGGUGGUCAUGUUUUCUGUAGAAGUGAAUGAUGGACUCUUAUCAACUACUCUUCCAGUUCAUUUAAUCAAGACAGCGGAAGUGAAGAUCAAAAGCAGCAACCAGUGGCAACCCUUGCAGACGUUUGUAACCAUUGCAAACCAGUUUGUUAUGAGAGGAAAAGGAAUUCGGUUUCAAGGGACAAUUGGGGAUUGUAAUAAUGCAAUGCAACGAUUAUUUUUUCAGGGUGCAAAUCUUGAUGCUCUGUUGACCAUCACUGUUAAUGAUUUGGGAAAUUAUGGCUGCUACUUAGAUUGUACAGAUAUCAUGUCAUUUCCACUCUCGGUCGAGGCUACUGUGAUUUUAAUCAAAAGAAGGCCAUUGAAUUCAACGACAGCUUUUUUGCUUGGAUCAGCAAUAUUUUUUGAGAUUGCAACGUUAUUUCUGCUGGGUGGUUUACUUCUAUUCUUUAUCUGUAAAUGCAUGAUCGCACUUCAUAUAGAAAGAAAGAACGAUGAUAAUAGCCAAAGUCUCCACAAAGAAGAACUUAUAAAAAAUCAUAAUGAGAAGAUCCGUCGAAGGAUUAGACCGCAAGAAUCAGAAUUGCCACAGUCAUUUGCUUCAUUUGGUAACAAUCUUCAGCUUAAUUCUCCACAUAUAGAAAUGCAGAAGCAGCCUCACAGCGAUUGAAGCAGUUUUGCAGGUUUUCAGUAUUUAGAUUUGUUCCUUGUUUCGACUCUCUCUCUCUCUCUCUCUCUCUCCAGCAUUCUCUGCAAGUUUGAUCAGCUUUGAAUAAACUUUCUUGAACGUUUAGUGGGCUGCACGAUGGGUUGCUUUGGAUGGGUUCAUUGCAGUAAAAUACGGUAAUCGGAUAGGGUUCCUUACAGUCAUCAUAUAAUGUAACAAAUUAAUUACGACUUCUGAACUGCUUUUAUUGCUUUGACAUGCAAAAUAUUUUACUGCACCUUUUUAAAAAAAUGUUUUUUUUUC